AUGUCAUCAGAAUCAAAUAGACACCAAACAACAUCAUCAUCCUCGUCGUCGGAGCAACAAGCACAACAACAAACAAAACCAUCCAAACAAGAUUCAAAAUUACAGAAAAUCCGAGAAAGUCGAACGCUAGAGUUUAUUCGUCCUCAUCGGUGUGAUAUUCGUUUAGAAGAAUUCUAUGCUGGUACUUGGAAAACAUUUAAUCCACUCGUGUCGUUUAAAUUAUUUUCAACCUAUUUGCAAUGUUUACGUUCCGAGGUUGGACAAGAACCUACCACUCCACUUCAUUACAUUAGUGAUGAUGCCUACGAUAUUUACAAACAAGUCUAUCAAAGUGGAAGAGUGAGAGAAAAGUUUUUUCAAAAUACUGUGAAUUUGAUGGCAAAAGAAAGGCUUUCCGAGAGACAACAACAGCAGCAAACGAAAGAAGAAACUUCGAAUGUCAGUUCUUCUGAAAAUUCAACAAGAACAGCACAACAACCAAAGGUCAGCUUACCUGAAUUGCAGAGAUUAAAGAAGUAA